UGUUUUAUCUUUCUUUGUACUACAAUCCAAUGGGCUAUUUCUGGGAAGGCCACAUCUGCCAGUGCCUCAGCCGGAUAUCUUCUUUCCGGCGUGAUUCUCCGGUGACGAUCUUUGGAAACCGGCGAAAGACCGGAAAGCAGUUCGUUGAGAGUGUCAUAGGCCUCGCUCAAGGGCUACUUGAAAUUGGGCUCAGAAAGGGAGAUGUCGUCGCCAUUGCCGCUAUGAACAGUGAUUUGUAUUUGGAGUGGCUUUUGGCCGUUGCUUAUGUUGGAGCCAUUGCAGCUCCCCUCAAUUACCGAUGGAGCUUUGAUGAGGCAAGGGUGGCAAUAGAGGUUGUAACACCAGUGAUGUUGGUGGUCGAUGAGAGCUGCAGUUUCUGGUCCUUGGAGCUCCAAAAUACCAAUCUAGAUUUCCUUAGAUGGCAUGCAUUCCUUGAAAACCUUUCUUCCCUCCAUAGCAACACUGGCAAUGUGUUACAUACAGAAACCCUUAAGAAGCCUUCCCAAAUAUCUGAGCUACUUGAUUAUGCAUGGGCACCUGAGGGCGUCGCUCUAAUAUGCUUCACUUCAGGAACCACUGGAAGGCCAAAGGGAGUUACCAUAACUCACACAGCUCUCAUUGUCCAAUCACUUGCCAAAAUUGCCAUUGUUGGUUACAAUGAAGAUGAUGUUUAUCUCCACACAGCACCUCUGUGCCAUAUUGGUGGGAUAUCUUCAGGGAUGGCCAUGCUAAUGGUAGGAGCUUGCCACAUAUUGAUUCCCAAGUUUGAAGCAAAAUCAGCCCUUAAAGCUAUAGAACAACACCAUGUGUCUUCCCUAAUAACUGUUCCUGCCAUGAUGGCUGAUAUGGUUUCCAAUAUCAGUUUGAACCAGGAAAAAAAAGGAUGGAAAGGUGGAGAACAUGUGAAGAAGAUACUGAAUGGAGGUGGAGGACUGUCAAUUGCGUUGAUUAACAAGGCUGCCACAAUUUUCCCAUGUGCUAAGCUUCUCUCAGCAUAUGGAAUGACAGAGACAUGCUCGUCACUCACCUUCAUGAUCCUUUACAACCCCAGUGGAAAGAAAUUGGAUGAGUCAUUUCAGAAGAUUUGUGGAAACAAAUCGAGCGUGAUUAACAAACCAGGAGGUGUUUGUGUUGGAAAACCAGCACCACAUGUCGAAUUACAGAUACAUGGAGACGGGUCAUCUCUUAUUGGGAGAAUUCUAACCAGAGGGACACAUGUAAUGCUUAGAUAUUGGGAUCAAUCCCCAACAGCAGUGUCCAAAUUCGAGGAAGGUUGGCUUGACACAGGUGACAUUGGAUGGAUUGAUGACUAUGGUGCAGUAUGGCUUAUUGGACGAUUAAAUGGUCGAAUAAAGAGUGGAGGGGAGAAUGUUUACCCAGAAGAGGUGGAAGCUGUCCUAAGGCAACAUCCUGGAGUUUCUAGCGCCGUUGUUGUUGGACUCCCCGACUCCAGGCUAACAGAGAUGGUAGCUGCUUGCAUUCAGAUAAAAGAGGAAUGGAAAUGGAAUAAUCAGGUCACUGGUCACCUAUUGGAAAGAGAAGAUAUAAAGCUAUCUAGUGAUAUCCUCCUAUUACAUUGCAAGCAAAGGAAUUUGUCCAGAUUUAAAAUACCGAAGAUUUUUAUUUUGUGGAGGAAACCAUUUCCGCUGACAACAACGGGAAAACUAAGGAGAGAUGAAGUUAGAAGACAGGUCAUGGCUCACCUGCAGGUCUUCCCAAGCCAUCUCUGAGAAAACAAGAAUGAGAUGAAUUUUGACUUGUCAAAAUUAAUUAAAAUCCCAUCAGGACCCAAAUUCUUGCAUUUCACUUCAUUUAGGCAUUCCCUGAAUUUUAGAUUUUCUUUUUUUUUAUAUUUUAUAAUAAUUCUCCAUUGCUGCAGAAAGCUUGCCCUAGUAAUAGGCUAGUCAUGUAAGCAUUAAUAUGUUGC